GGGACCUUCUCUCUCUCUCUCUCUCUCUCUCAGACUCACACACACACACAGAAGCCGAAAAUGCCUGCAGAUUACAAUGGCCGCUGGGAGAUGGUCAAGAAUGACAACUUUGAGGGGGUCAUGAAAGCCAUCGACAUUGACUUUGCAACACGCAAAAUAGCCGCACAUCUGACACAGACUAAAAUAAUGGUCCAGAAAGGAGACGUUUUCGAGACCAAGACGCUCAGCACCUUCCGCAACUAUGAGGUCAACUUCACCGUCGGAGUGGAGUUUGAGGAACACACAAAAGGACUGGACAACAGGAAAGUCAAGACACUGGUGACGUGGGAUGGGGAUAAGCUUGUGGCCGUGCAGAAGGGAGAGAAGGCCAAUCGCGGCUGGACGCAAUGGAUUGAGGGAGAUAUCCUGUAUCUGGACAUCACAGCAGAGGACCAAGUGUGUCACCAAACGUUCAAGAAGACAGAGUGAUACCUACUGUAGCCCUGCAUCAUCCAAUCCUGCCAUCUUGAUGAUGAAACCCAUUGCACAAAUUGAAACCCGUUGCAUUAAACAUUGAAUU